AUGGCCGGCGCAAAGAAAGCGACGAAGAAAUUCGAAAAAAGCAUCUCAAGGAUGUUAUCGAGCGACGCAAGUCCAACGCGAAGCCGCCGAGAUGCCGAAGAGGAGGACCAGCCUGACCCCGAGGAGGCUAAGAAGGAGAACGCCUUCGCCGAGAUGAACGUCGACGAUUUCUUUGCCGGUGGCUUCGAUAUUGCCGAUUCGACUGAUGGGAAGAAGAAGAAGUCGGGCAAGGAUGUGACCCCCAAAAUUGGAAAGCGAAAGCGCGCUGCCACCCAGGAGAAAGAAGCCGAUGCUAGCGAAGAAAGCGCGGCCAGCGACAAUGACGACAACGAUGAUGAGGAUAACUCAAGUGAUGCCAACGACUUUGAUGCGCACAAAGACCAAUUGGCGGCACUUAAGGAGAAGGACCCCGAAUUCUACAAAUAUCUUCAGCAGAACGAUUCAGAGUUGCUUGACUUUGGCGCUCAAGGCGACCUAUCAGAGGUUGAUGAGUUGAGUGAAGGUGAACCUGCUGAGGAGGAGGGGCCUGCAAAGAAGAAAAAGAAGAAGAGCAAGAAGGACGAAGAAGAUCAAGAGGACGAGCCGGAGGCCACUCAGAACACCCUGACCAUUCCCAUGGUCAAGAAGUGGCAGAGCCUGAUGGAGGAGCAACAUUCGAUCCGUGCCAUGCGCCAGACAGUCCUUGCAUUCCGUGCUGCUGCCUCCGUUAAUGACGCCGAAGCCCCGGAGCAGAAGUACACCAUCUCCGAUCCCAACGUCUACCAUCAGGUCCUGGUUACGGCGCUGAAUGUCGUUCCCAAGGUCCUGGGCCAUCACCUCCCUGUCAAGGAGUCCGCUUCGGGCAAGAUCCGGGUUUCCCUGGACUCCAAGAAAUUCAAGACUCUAACUCCGUUGAUCAAGUCUUACACGUCCUCCGUUCAUCAGCUUUUGAUCAACCUCUCCGAUGCAUCGACGUUGAAGUUGACUUUGUCAGCCAUGGAGCCCAUGCUUCCUUAUCUCCUUCAGUUCCGCAAGGUUCUGAAGACUCUGAUUAAGACCGUUGUGGGAAUUUGGGCUGAUGUCUCCACUGCCGACGCGACCCGGAUCACGGCCUUCCUGUUGCUCCGUCGCCUCAUGGUUUUGGGCGAUGCAGGCAUCAAGGAGACUGUGCUCAAGGCCACGUACGAGGGUGUGGUCAAGGGCAGCCGCAACACGACCGUGCACACACUGGCUGGUGUGAACCUCAUGAAGAACUCCGCGGCUGAGAUCUGGGGCAUUGACCAAAAUGUCGCCUACACAGCGGGUUUCAGCUUCAUUCGACAGUUGGCUAUGCAUCUGCGCAGUAGCAUUACCAACACAUCAAAGGAAUCCUACAAGACGAUUUACAACUGGCAAUACGUGCACUCUCUCGACUUCUGGUCGCGUGUUCUAGCUCAGCACUGCGAUGGCCUCGUUGAGGCCCAAGCUGGCAAGCAGUCUGCCCUGCGGCCUCUCAUUUACCCUGUUGUUCAGAUCACUCUGGGCGCAAUGCGUCUCAUCCCCACUGCUCAGUACUUCCCUCUCCGCUUCCAGUUGACGCGCGCUUUGCUGCGUAUCUCUCGUGCCACCGGCACCUACAUCCCGCUUGCACCCGCACUCAUUGAGGUCCUUACCUCUGCUGAGAUGCGCAAGGCCCCCAAGUCUAGCACUUUGAAGCCGCUUGAUUUCAACACUGCUAUCCGUGCGCCCAAAUCCUACUUGCGUUCUCGCACUUAUCAAGACGGUGUUGGUGAGCAGGUCGCGGAACUCCUGUCUGAGUUCUUCGUUCUGUGGUGCAAGCACAUUGCGUUCCCUGAGCUUUCUGUUCCCGUGGUCGUUGCCUUGAAGCGCUGGCUGAAGCAGGUCUCCGCCCGCAGUGGUGGCAACAAGAAUGCCAAGAUCAACCAGAUGAUCCUUCUUCUUGUGCAAAAGAUCGAGGCCAAUGCUCGAUGGAUCGAGGAGCGUCGAUUGAACGUUUCGUACACGCCACGCAACCGAACCGAGGUGGAGAAUUUCCUCAAGGACGCCGACUGGGAGACUACACCUCUCGGCGCGUUUGUCAAGACCCAGCGUAAGCUCCGGGAGGAACGGGCUGCCAUCGUCGAGGAGAGCCGUCGGGAAGAAGAGAAGCGCCGUGCGGAGGACAAGAAACGCGACGAAGAUGAGAUGAUGGAGGACUUUGGCAGCGAUGGAGACAGCGAUGCUGGUGAGGAUGAGGAAGAGGAGGAGAGCGAAGAUGAGAUGGAGGAGGAGGAAGAAUCGGAAGAGGAGGAUGAGGAUGAGGUCGAAAUGGAGGAAUAG